GGGACAAAACAACAAUGUUAAGUAUCUCAAGGCCAAGCUGGUGUACAGGAAGAUAAAAACUUAGGUUCCCAGGCCCUGACAAACAAUACCUAGUAGUGCAGCAUCACUGUCUGGUCACUCCUAUCUCUUCCUUCAACCAGACGCACAGAACCAACCACAGUAGUCUGCCGCGAGUCUGACUUGAAGCAGUUGAUCUUUAGAUUGACCAUCCGGCUCAUGCAUCAUGUCCUUUUCAUUCAUUGUCAUCAUGAUGCUUCUUGGCUCAUCAGUGGUGAUUGCAUUUGUCUUGCAGCCAUCCAAGGAAGAACCUGCAGCCUCUGCAAACUCUCCUGUUUCCCACCACAGGUGCCAGCAUGAGUCAUUGCAGUCCAUCAGGAAGGGUCUCCUCAGGGCUCUCAACUUGCAGACUGAGCCACAGCUGCCUGCUGGUGGGCUGGACGGUGUCAAAAAUCAAUGGAGGAGCACCUUCAGCAAUAACGCUCACAGAGCCAAGGACACUACAGUUCUAGCGGUCUCUGGCUACUCUGUGUCACCUGAUGGUGGAAACAGUACAAGUGAACUGAAGUGCUGUUCCAUGGCCUCUGAGAUCUUCAUGAAAGAUCUGGGCUGGGACAACUGGGUGAUCCAUCCUGCCAGCCUUACCAUGGUUCAGUGUGCACUCUGCAACCCCGAAGUGAACGCAGUGCAAUGUCCAUCAUCCCGCACCAAUGUCCAGGAUGCCGACUCACAGGUCCAGGUGCCAUGUUGUCAGCCCACCUCCCAGGAAAUAGUGCCUGUCAUCUACGUGGAUGAAUUCAGCGCCCUCACCAUUUCCUCUGUGCAGCUGGCCCGCAGCUGCGGCUGUGGACAUGGCAACCUCCAGCAGCCCAGCAAAGACUAAUGUUUGUUUUGUAGUCCUGAGUAUGUGACAUCUGUGAGCCACCUGACGCACAAACAAAAACACAGAAAAAGUAAAUAAUACGUUAUUAGCGGGCCUAUCGUCUCUCACAAACACUUAUGUUGUUUUUGUAGACCAUUUCUCUUUAGUUUUAGUGGUGGUGUUAUAUUAGAUCCUUACAGUGUGUAUUCAGCACUGAGCAUGGGAACCAAAGCAAAGUCUCUCUUAGAACUUGUUGAGCCAGCCAAACAUAAAACUGAUCAAUUAUUAUUUUAGUGAUAAAACUGAUGAGAUGAUUGAGCUUAAUCACACAUUUUUGAUCUCAAAUUACAAUCUCCAUUUGUGUGCUACUGUGUUUUUUUAACAGUCAGUGACAAUUAAGCUUAGAAAGAUUUUGCAGGGCAAUUUUUCUUUAUUUCUCUUGCACCAAGAGCUGGAAAGAGCUGGACGUGAAGUGCAGCUGACACUCAUGUGAUAAAUGCUGCCACUUUAUCUUUAAAUAAAUCUCAUGAGUACAGAGUGCUAUUUAAAGCUACUAACUGUUACUGAGUGUUCCCUCCAAAAAUGUGAGACUGUCCAGAGCCAAAUCCUGUCACAGGCCAGUUGUCUCUUCUCUGAUCUGUGAAACGAUCGUCUCCUCUUAUGGGCAAGAAGUCAAUUUAAUCCCAAUGAAAAUACAUGGUUGUGUCUUUAAAGUGGUAAAAAUAUAAUUGUAAAUUAAAUAUAUCCUUGCCAUUUUGAGGGUUAAACAUUUUUUGAAGGUAGAGUAAUCGGAGACGAUUGUGUUUACCAGCUAAACUCCCUGAACCUAAAACUUAGAAUGAAUUUCCCGUCACAGAACAACAUCUGUGCUGUGCUUUCCCACAAACGUCCAUUGGCCAUGCUCCAUCUUCAUGUUUCAACUGGUAGAGAAGAUAAAGGGAUGGGACAAUGCUGCCCUGCAAACCCAAAAAGCUGUAACUUUGAUAGUGGAUAAUUAAAUUAAUUGAAUUAAUUAAUCAUAAUUACAACAAGGUGUAAAAAAAAUAAAUCAAGAAAAGUCUCUUCCCUUGACGUACUUUGUUAUGUGAUGUGUUAAGUUGCCCAGUAAAAUGAUUUAAUUAAAGAUCUAAUUAGAACGAUCAAAGCCUGGCAGACAAAAUAUAAUCCAAAUGAAAUAGUGUCUAAUUUUUUAUUUAAAACAAAACAUAUUCAGUUGAUUGUUUGACUCAGAUUUUUACAUUUUUCAGAAUUUCACUGUCUGUUCUAUUAUAUUUUCUCUUAAGUCAUGUAUGAAUCCAAAACAUUUAGUUUGAUUUACAUAAUGUGUACAUUUUUAAUCAGCUGAGUUUUUUCUUUUUCUUUCUCAAAGGUAACCAUUUCUCAUGACUGGUUACAGUUCUCAAAUUUUUUUUUUCCUGUAGCACAUAUUUUGUUUGUUAUUUUGUUAUAUGCUCCCGCUCACAUUACAAAGUUACCUCACCGUUCACUAUUUCAAGUUUUUUUCACAAGUGAUAUAUCACCUGAACUUAAUCAAUACAUUUAGAUCAAAUUCAAAAUGUUUUAUUGUGCUUAUGACCCUGCUGUGACAUCUUAAUCAUUUGUACCGAUUUACUGAUUUCUUGCUCACAAUUAUUUGAAUAAAGAUAAUUGAAAUCAA